AUGGCUGCCGCCGCCACCGCACGCACGUACGUGGACUUCUUGCCGCCGCACAGCCUGCUGGAGGAGCCAGACAAGGUGACCCUCCGCGUCGACCUCUCCGCCGAAGGGUUCAAGAAGGAGCAGCUCAGGGUGCAGACCGAGAAAUUGGUGAGGCUGAGGAUAAGCGGCGAGCGUCCGCUGGGAGCCGGCGACAACCGGUGGCGGCGUUUCGGCAAGGACUUCCACGUCCCCGAGGGCUGCGACACCGGCGCCAUCCGCGCGAGGCUCGAGAAGGACGGCGUCCUCCUCAUCACGAUGCCGAGGCUGUCGACCGCGCCGGCAGAGGAGCAGAGGGCAGACACGGGCCGCGUCGCCGGCCAAGACCGGAAAGGUCAGACCAGUGCACCCCAGGCAGCAGCUGCUGCUGCUACCGCUGCUGCAGAAGCUGAAGAAGAUCAGGAGGGAGACAAGGAGGACGACGCCGGGGUCGCAUCCAUGGAGCGUCCUGGCCAAGACGAACAGCACACGGGCAACAAUGCCAUGGCUACGUACGGCUUUGCAAAGGACCGGAGGAGGGCGGUGUGGGCGAUCUUUGCCGUGGUGCUGGCUUUGGUUGGCGCCGGCCUGUACGCUAGGUACAGGCUGAUGGAUCCCUCAGCUGAGACGACGCCAGCAAGCACCCAAAUUGUUGCUCUCUCGGAGUAG